AUGGCACUGGAAGAGCCACUAGCACCACCUGGCGUGAGCCUCUCCAGCCAGGGGAGCACCUCCACCCUGCAUGCCCAUUGGAAGGAGGUGGCUGGAGCUGGGUACGUGGUGACAUUGUACUCCCUGGAGCCCCCUGCACUGGUGAAGAAUAGCUCUGAGGUGAGAGGUGUCACCAAUCUCACCUAUGAGGGGCUGAGCCCGGGAACCCACUACGCCUUUGUGAUCAGCACGGUAGCUGGGCCUUACGCCUCCCCACCCCUGCGCAUCACCAACUGGACAUAUCCUUCACCCGUGGAAGAGCUGAGCCUCAGCAACCAGGGACAAAGCACCUCCUUGCACGCCUCCUGGAAAGGAGCUGCCACCAGCAGAGUGAAUUACAGCGGUGUCCUCCUCGAAGCCAGGUCGCAGGUGUGGCUCAGGAACGUGACUGUGGGGGAGAACUGCAGCAACAUCACCUUCCAGGGGCUGAGCCCCGGGCGUCAGUACACCCUGGAGAUGGCUGCUGUGGCUGGACCUUACAGAUCGCCUGUGCGGACGGCCACAGACUGGACAUGUGAGUGGGGGCCGCUCUCCCACACCCGCUUGUCUCCUGAGCCGGUUGUAGCAUGGGCGGGUUAG